AUGGAAAAGAAGAACAGGGAUCUUGCGAAAAAAAACACGGAGCUCAAAGAGAAGAUAUCCAAGAUGACAACAAUGUAUUCUGAAUUACUCAAGACGAAUAUCAAACGGGAAUAUGCAGAGUUCAGGAUCAGCAGAAAGGCUGUUGGGCUGCUAGAAGCCAGCAUCGGUGUGGUGAAUGAGGUUGCAGACAGCCUGAGAGGGAUAAAGGAAAUGAUUUUGAGAAAAGAUGCUGUAGAGGUGCUUGAGGACAAGUCGAAUGUGCAGGAUGGAGUGAAAUUGAAGAAGCUUUGA